UAGGUUUCGGCCUUCGGGAGCUCCUCCUCCUGUCCUUCUCGCCGAAAAGCAGCGCAGCACCCGCAGCGACAGGAGAGAACUCGAGAAGCCCCGGAGGAGGAGCAGCCGUCGGGGGGUCGGGGGGAAGAAGAUGUCGUACCUGCUGCCGCAUCUGCACUCGGGGUGGGCGGUGGACCAGGCCAUCCUCGCCGAGGAGGAGCGCCUCGUCAUCAUCCGCUUCGGCCACGACUGGGACGAGACCUGCAUGCAGAUGGAUGAAGUGCUGGCAGCAGUAGCUGAGACCAUAAAGAACUUUGCAGUCAUCUACCUUGUCGACAUCACGGAGGUCCCUGAUUUCAACACCAUGUAUGAGCUGUACGACCCUUCGACGGUGAUGUUCUUCUUCCGGAACAAGCACAUCAUGAUUGAUCUCGGGACAGGAAACAACAACAAGAUCAACUGGGCCCUGAAGGACAAGCAAGAGUUCAUCGACAUCGUGGAGACUGUUUACAGGGGUGCCCGGAAAGGCCGCGGUCUGGUGAUCGCCCCAAAGGACUACUCCACCAAGUACCGUUACUAAGAAGGCCGGCAUUCGCGCCGGGCAGCAGCAGCAGCUUACUAGCCUACUAGUAUGUUCUCCCCCCCCCCCUCCCCCCCCCCUGUGCAAUCUACUGUGGGGAUGUUUACUUGGACUAUCGGUCCGACAGGUGAUGCUUAACUGUAUCUUGGCAUGCCCUAGUAUAUUCAGUCGCUGGCGAGCGAUGCUUAACUGUAUUUUGGCAUGCCAUUGUGAACUUGUGAAGUUGUGAUUUGAGGUGAUUGAUCGAGUGUUAAACGAACAGCUUUGUUCUCCCUUUUAUAUGCUUAUAUAUACUAAUAAGAAACGGUUACUGGUUUGGAACA